AUGCUAUGUUUUUUUAUCAUUGCAGUUGGCCCUCCUCAUGGCGGAAGUUUUCCAGGUUGGUCAAAUGAAAAUACGGUCAAUAGUAGUAUCCAGUCUCUCAAUCACUGUAGGGGAGAGGACACAAAGGUCAUCAAAAAAGAGGUUGAACUGUUCCUGACUGGCUCUUUGCUGACCACGGUCAUCCCCAGCAUCUACGUCCUGGUGUUCAUCAUCAGUUUCCCUCUCAACGCUGGCGCCAUUUUUAUGUUCUCACUCAGGGUCAGACCCCAAAAGCCGGCGGCCAUCUUCAUGCUCAACCUGGCCACGGCCGACCUGCUGUUCGUGCUGCUGCUGCCAUUCAAGGCGUCCUACAGCUUCAAUGGCAACAACUGGGUGUAUGGGCCGGCCAUGUGCAGUGUGGUCACCGCCGCCUUCUACUGCAACAUGUACUGCUCGGUCCUCCUGAUGAUGAGCAUCAGUGCCGAUCGCUUCCUGGCCGUGGUCUACCCCAUUAGAUCGCUGGCCUGGCGCCGCCGGAGGAACGCCGUGGCCGUGUGUUCUGCCAUGUGGCUGCUGGCUGUCGCCGGGGUGAUACCCAUCCUCCUGUACAAGCAGACUGUGUGUCUGCCUCGGCUGGGCAUCACCACCUGCCAUGACGUGCUGGACCUCAGCGAGCAGCGGAGCUACUACCUCUACUUCUUCCUCACCUUCUCCUGUGUGUUCUUCUUCAUCCCUCUCGUUGUUACCACUGCCUGCUACGUGUGCAUAAUCCAAGUCCUGCGUCGCACCAGCGGGUCAAAGCGCUCCAAGAAGACCCGAGCCGUGGUCAUGGCAUUCACGGUGCUGACGGUGUUUGUGGUCUGCUUCACCCCGUCCAACGUCCUCCUGCUGGUCCACUACUCACAGUUUGCCGACCAGCACAGUGCCAACUCCUACGCUGCUUACCUGGUCUCCGUGUGCAUUGGCAGUGUGAGCUGCUGCCUGGAUCCGGUCAUCUAUUACUAUGGCUCAUCUCAGUGCCGGAAGAACAUCGCCCGGCUCCUCCACUGUCAGGCCCCUCCAGUGGGCUCAGGGUCUGGAAGCUCUGGUACCAGCAAGCUGGAAUCCUCCCAGGGCACCCAAAGUGAUGAAAAGUGA